GCUCUACCUGCAGUCGCACUGCGACGUGCCCGCCGACCGCGACCGCUACGUGCGCCAGCUCAUGCGGCACAUCCCGGUAGACUCCUAUGGUAAAUGCCUGAAUAACCGAGAGCUUCCCAGUGAGAGGCUGAGGGACACCUCUACAGCCACCACAGAGGAUUCUGAAUUCAUGAACUUUAUCUCCAGGUACAAGUUUCACCUUGCCAUGGAGAAUGCCAUCUGCAAUGACUACAUGACCGAGAAGCUGUGGCGUCCAAUGCAUUUGGGCGCCAUCCCUGUAUACCGAGGUUCCCCCUCGGUGCGGGACUGGAUGCCUGAUAACCACUCCAUCAUUCUUGUGGAUGAUUUUGGAAGCCCCCAAGAGCUAGCAGAGUUCCUUAAUUUCCUGGACCAGAAUGAAGAGGAGUAUCUGAAAUACCUAGAGUAUAAGAAGCCGGGAGGCAUUACAAACAAGUUUCUGCUGGAGACUAUGGAGAGGCGUGAGUGGGGAGUGAAUGACAUGACUUUGCCUAAUUACCUGAAUGCCUUCGAGUGUUUCGUCUGUGACAGAGAGAACAUAAGAAUUGAUGCUGAGAGAGCUCAUAAGAAAUCUCGUGGGAAAGUACCUGCUCCUGAACCCCACAUAGCUCAGGUCACACACAUGGGAUGCCCCAUGCCAGUGCCUGGCUUUGGAAACAUUGAGGACAUCCCUGAAGGAGACAGCUGGAAGGAGAUGUGGCUUCAGGAUUAUUGGCAGAGUCUUGACCAGGGUGAGGCUCUCACUGCCAUGAUUCACCACAAUGAGACUCAUCAGGGAAGAUUUUGGGAUUAUAUGCAUGAGAUCUUCCUGAAGAGGACCAGACAGCAUGGAUCAUAGUCAUGGGCACUUGGUUCAGUGUUGCCCAGAAGGCUGGGAGGGAAGGGACUUUUACCUGUCUCCGAAGACUCAGUCUCAAAACGCAAGAGGAAUUGCUCAGCUUUGGAGGCCUUCCUUUCAUGGAAUCUGAGGACAGUCAGUCUCUGAUCAGGCUUGCAUUCACCCUACAUAUACACCACCUCAGCAAUGGAUUUCCAUCCCUGUCCUGGAGGCACCAUCUUCUGGGGUCAGAGAAGAAUUCAGUCUUUUUGUGCUUUCAGUGUUAUUUCCUUCUGACCAAAAAGGUAUUACAGUUAGUGCCAGAUGACUUGGAUCAGAGAUCUGAUCAAGCUGAACUGAAGUAUCCUAAGCUGUUUCAGGGAAUUUAAUUGCACGUAUUCAGUAUUAUUCAGGCAUUUCUCCAGGCACUUAUCCCUCCUAUUAAGAUGGUGUUUUUUAAAAUCAGGGAUACUGGUAAAUGCCUGUUUUUUUAUAAAUAUGUAAUUUUUCCAGUGAAGAAAUUAUAUUAAUUUCUGGGGAGAGAGGUUAUGCCUUAUGAAACUUCAGCGAUAAGCAUUCCCUCCUCUAGUGAAUAUGCCUCCAACAUAGUAUAUUUCAUAGUACAUGUUUCCCUUCCCCACUCCUCUAUCAGACAAUGGUCUCUUUUGUUAAAUGAUGACAGUCUUAGUGGUCUUGGCAAAAACCACUUCAAAUUUGAUAUUUCUUACUCCUGUAAAUCUCAUAAUUAGGAUAUGGAAAGAAAUGUGCAAUUUCUACUCCCACCCAUGAACAAAUGACAACUGGUAUUUGAAUAUCCCUUUAACCUAUUUGUAGACAUCUAGCAUAUCUCCCCUCAGUCUUUUCUCUAGUCAACCUAUCCAGCUUCCUAAGCAUCCUCUUAAAGAUCUCAUUUUCAAAAAUCAUGAAGUCUUCAUGUCACUUUCUUCUAAACCCUCUCUUGUUUGUGUUUUUUAAACUACAAUAUUCAGAAUUAAACCAUACCCAUGGGGCUGUUGACAGUGGAAUGAUUUACAUUUAUUACUGUUAUUAAUACAACCUCUUUUACAAUAAUAUUGUAUUGUUGGCUUGUUUCAUUUAACAUCCAUUAUGGUGACCAAGUGCUGUUUUGUGCCUAUAGGCAGUAUACCUUUGCUGUCUGGUUUUUACAGUUGAUUAAUCCUUCAUAGAUGUGCUUCUUUGCAGUUAUCUUUCUCUUUUUUAAUUAAUUUUAUAUACUAUUUUUCAAUUGAUCAAUAGAGAAUUUUAAUCCAUUUCUCCAAAAUAAUCUGUCUUCAAUGGACUGCUACAUGGAACCAUAUAAGAUGCCUUACUAAAAUGGAAAUAUGUUCCAUCUUCUGCU